AAGAAGAAUCGGAGGAUGCCGGAGCCUCUAGAACUUAUGAUGUUGCGCCCACUCACAACUCCUGGCGGACAACACGAGGAUGCUGGAGCCACUUGUUCCUCCACCUCACCAGAACGAUGUGAUUUUGGGGCAUCUGCUUCGUCCACCUCUGUGAUAGAAAACAAUUACCAUGUCUUCUUGAGCUUUAGAGGCCCUGAUACUCGCGAUGGCUUCAUCGAUCACCUCUCCAGUAGACUUGAAGCUGUGGGCCUAAGGUUUGAUCCAAAUUUCACGUUCAAAGAUGAUGAGAAAAUCAAGUACGGUGACCCCAUUGCUGCAACUCUUAUCAGUGCAAUCAAGCACUCUAAGGUUUCAAUUCCAGUCAUCUCGCCAAGCUAUGCUUCUAGCGAAUGGUGCCUCCUGGAGCUCAUUCAUAUAAUGAAGUGCAAGGAAACGAGAGGACAAAAAGUCUUGCCCGUGCUUUACAAGGUGAAACCCUACGAGGUGCGACACUUAAAGGGAAAGUUUGGAGAGGCUUUCGAAUCCAGUAAGGAACGUUUUAGGGAGAGUGUCAAGCAGGAAGGGCCGAAAGCGCUUGAAAAAGUAGUUGACGUUAGAGUAUUCGAACCAGAGAAAUUCGCUAAUGGGAGUGAAGCGAAAUUAGUAGAUAAACUUGUAGCAACUGUAAUGCUCCAGCAGCGAGAAGAUUUUCAGUUAAGUCUUCACAAUAAUUUGGUUGGAAUUGAUGAUGACGUGGCUGAAGUAAUGAGAUUGGUGGACACUGCUUACACCAAUACUCGAAUUAUUGGGAUUUGCGGGAUAGGCGGCAUUGGUAAGACAACUCUGGCGAAAAUCAUAUAUGACAAACUUUUUGACAAAUUUGAGUGCUGGAGCUUUCUUAUGGAUAUUAGAGAAACAAUUAAUCGCUGGGGUAUUGAGCAUAUGCAAUCUCGACUAAUCUCGGAUAUACUAAGAAUCCGUGACUAUCAAGUGCCUGAUUCUCAUACAGGUAUUUGGCAAAUCAAAUCCAAUUGCAAAGAAAAGAAGGUACUUAUUCUUCUUGACGAUAUCGAUAAGAAAGACCACCUGAAGACUUUGAUUGGAGAUGGUAGUAGUUUCAUGUCAGGAAGUAGAAUCAUUGUUACAUGUCAAGAUAAGGCCAUUUUGGAGUCUAAAUACAUGCAUGAACUCAAAGGAAUAAAGGACUCUUUACGUUUGUUUUGCAUAUAUGCGUUUGAAGGGAAAACAACACCUCCAGCACAACUUGCGACUCUUUCUCAUGAGAUUGUUGCCAACACAGGGGGGCAUCCCUUAGCUCUCAGGGUUAUAGGUUCACUUCUCAGAGGAAAAGAAGAUCCGAAAGUAUGGAAAGAGAAUCUGGCAAAACUGAGUAAUGCACCUGAAAAGGAAGUACAACAAAAGUUGGAGAUAAGUUACAACACAUUAGAAGAUAAGGGAAAACAAAUGUUUUUAGACAUAGCAUGUUUUUUUGCUGGAACUGACAAAAAAAUUGCCAUCUACCUAUGGGAAGAUCUCAAUUUGUACCCAAUAUCCGGAUUGGAAAGAAUGAUUGAACUUUCAUUAAUAGAAUUUGAUGAUAACGAUGAGUUGAGAAUGCAUGAUCAAUUAAGAGAUCUAGGUAAAGAAAUCGCUUGUGAAGCGGAUAAGAAGCCGUGGCAUCGUAGCAGACUAUGGGACGAGGAAGCCGUGAAAAUUUUGGGACGCAAGGUUAAUGAAACUAUCGAGGCACUACGUCUGGACGAAAGUGGCUCAAGCAAGUUCAUGAAGCAAGAGAGCUUUAAGGAAUUGCGUGAACUGAAGUUCCUUCAUGUGAAAGCAGUGGAUUUUGAUGGAGAUUUCGAGAAAUCACUUUCGGGAUUAAGAUGGCUAAAGUGGGAGAGAUGUCCUGACUCUUUCAAGGCGACCAAUGUUCAUUUGGAGAAAUUACUCAUACUUGAUUUAUCGGGUGGUCAUAUUGGUCAAAAUUGGGGAGGAUGGCGUUCGAUCAAGAUGGAGAAAUUGAAAGUUCUCAAUCUAUCGAGGUGCUUAGAUUUAACCAGCACCCCUAAUCUCUCUGCAUUUGAAAAUUUAGAGCGGCUAAUCCUGGAAAAUUGUGAGAAUUUGGAGAGAAUCGAUCCAUCCAUUGGAGAUGUCAAACGCCUCGUUUCCUUGAACUUGAGGUACUGUGGGAGUCUCAAGGUGUUACCGGAAAAACUGGAUGAAUUAAUAGAACUGGAGGAACUUGUCGUAGAUGAGACGGAUAUACAAGAAAUCCCUUCAUGUAUAGGAUCUCUACCGAAGCUGAAGACGCUUAGUGCCGUGGGUUGUCAUCUACUGACUCGAGUUCCCAAAUCAAUAAGCCGUCUGGUAAGUUUGUCGACCUUGAAAUUGAACACAUGUAAAAAAUUACAAGAACUUCCGGACUCCUUCGAGGCCCUUGGGAAAUUACAGCACUUGUCGUUAGAGCGCUGCUACAUGUUGAAACAGAUCCCUUCUUCAAUUGGAGAGUUGGGAGAGUUGGUUGAGCUGGACUUGUCAUCUACAAGGAUCAAGGAAUUACCCGAAUCCAUCGAGAAAUUGAAGAAAUUGGAAAUUCUGAGGGUUUCUCAUAGCGAGAUAGAAAAGUUACCAAGCGCCAUUGGAAAAUUGGAAAGCCUCCAAGAGUUAGAUGCCUCAGGCUGCCAUAAACUGGAAGGGCAAAUUCCUGAAGAUAUAGGUGGAUUGUCUUCUCUAAAGUCGCUUCGUUUAGGUAGAGCAAAAAUUUCGCUCUUGCCAGAAAAACUCUGUGAGCUUUCUACUCUCGACCACCUCGAUUUACUUUACUGUAGUGAGCUUCAGUCACUGCCAGAACCUCCGUUUAGCUUAUCAUCCCUGCAGCUCACCUGUCGGAGCCACGAGCUUCCAUCGCUUUCUCACCUGAGGCAUCUAAAGAAGCUCGCCCUGCACUCUUGUAUGUCUCUUCAAAGCAUAACAGCGCUUCCCCCCUGCAUACGGAAGCUUCGCGUUUGGAAAUGUCCCAAUUUGGAAACUCUGUCAAAUCUUUCCGAUUUGGAAUUUUUGUCGGAAUUAGAGCUAGUGCAAUGCUAUGGGCUGAAGAAAUUGGAUGGUCUGGAAGCUUUAAAAUCCCUAAGAAAGUUGGACGUAUCCACAAGCACAGAGUUGUCCAAACUCGACGACUUUGAAGAUUUAGAGUCGUUGAGAUACUUGGACCUGCAAAGCUGCGAUGGAAAGGUGGAUCAUCUCCAUGCGAUAGGAGGCCUUGGCCAAUUGAAAUCCUUGGAAGUGUUGAAUAUCUCUGCACGCAAGCACAUUCGACAACUGGACCUUUCAAAUUCGAAGGAUCUGAAGCAAUUGAUUGUUAAUAAUUGCAAGAGCUUAAUUGAAAUUCGCUGCCAUGAUAAGAUAAAAUUGGAACACUUUGGAUGGGAUGGGUGCAAGUCACUCAAGAAAUUACCAGACGUUUUAGCAAAUUGGAUGUCAUGAUUCUAGAGGGAAAAAAUAGCAAGAAGCUGACUAAGAUUUGCGAGCUAAAGUCAGAUUUAACCUUUGAUAGUACUGGAAACAUUGACGCGAGCAACAGCAGAAAGAUUGAGUUGAGAACACUGCGGUUCAUGACAGAAUGAUGGCAGCACAACAAAGAUUUGAUUCUGGAGAUCGCUAAAGUCUCCUACUAAACACACACACACACACACAUCUAUAUAUAGCAGUUAUUCGAGCAAGUAAAUGUAAUGCUUCAUAGUUAUCUGGCUCGUGUAAGAAUAAGAAAGAUCAUGAUGCCUCCAAAAGCAUAUUAGAUGUCUUCAGUCAAAUGAAGGACAAAGAAAAGAUAUUCAUUUACACAGAGAAUACCAGAAUGAUGGAGAACACAUAUGACCCAUGUAGAAUUAUGAAAAAUAUUCGCAUGAUGGCAGCACGACAGAGAUCGGAUUCUGGAGAUCGUCCAUGUUUCCUAGUAAAUGUAAAUAUAUCAGGUAAAGUAUCAUAUUCAGUUGAGAGUACCUACUUCACAUUAGUAAUUUCAGUUUGGCAUGGGGUUUUUCGUGUCGAUGUCUUAUGGUUUUCUGUCUUAUUUCAAGGAAUCUCGGGGAAAUUGGUUGACUAAGUGAAUGCAAUGCUUCAGCAUCAUCUGGCUUGUGAUUCUGGUGGGAAUGAAAAUAGAUAUGAAUGCCUUCGAAGUACAUUGCUUAUCAUUAUACCUCGUUA